AUGAACCCUCACCAGAAGAACAAGGUCGACAUCAACUCGCUCACCCCGGAUGAGCAACGGCUCUUCCGCCUCUACGGCAAGCUUCCCUCUCGAUCCGACCACUUCGCCAAGCACCUGAAAGACCGCAAAUACUUCGACUCGGGCGACUAUGCCAUGUCCAAGGCUGGCAAGGGCGACGACGCCGGUGCCGUUGGCUCGCAGCACCCCGUCCCCGAAAACAUCCCGCACCUGACAUCUCCUACCAACGGCGGCGGCACCAGCGCUCCGGGCCACGCCCACCGCGGAUCUGUUCCCGGCAUCCAGGCCGGCAGUCCUAUCAAAGAGGGCAGCUUCCUGAACAGAGAGACAUCCGCCGAGGGCCAGGUGACGCUGAGCGGAGACGACAAGAAAGACGAGGAAGAGGCCAAGCCUGUUGCCGCUGGACUUGCCGGAACACCGAUUGCUGCUGGCGAGGCCAUGCCGCUCCGACAAUAA